CGUAAGAAAAUUGAAUUAUCUAACAAAAGGACAACCUUUGUACAUAAUUUUUUUUUCAUAAAAACUAAGACAUUGAAGAAUUCCAUUCUUAUAAAUUCUCCCAAAUCCCCACUUUCUUCUUCAUAUCUUCAUUUUCUCCAACAAAAUCUUCCAUCUUCUCUGUAUCUGCAACUCGUUUCUUUCAUAUAUCAAUAAUUCAUCCACCAUGGGCCGCGAAGGCCGACAGUUCCAUAUCUUCAUGUUCCCAUUCAUGGCUCAGGGCCACAUGAUUCCCAUCGUCGACAUGGCCAAACUCUUUGCUUCUCGCGGCAUCAAGAUCACCAUCGUCACUACCCCUCUCAAUUCCAUCUCCAUCUCCAAAUCACUUCACAAUUCCAAUUCACUGAUCCAGCUUCUCAUCCUCAAAUUCCCUUCUGCGGAAGCGGGCCUACCAGAUUCUUGUGAAAAUGUCGACUCCAUUCCAUCCAUGGAUUUACUCCCAAAAUUCUUCCAAGCAGUGAGCUUGCUUCAAGCCCCUUUUGAGGAGGCUCUUCAGAAGAAUCGCCCCGAUUGCCUCGUCUCCGAUAUGUUCUUCCCUUGGACCAACGAUGUUGCCGACAGAAUUGGGAUUCCCAGACUCAUUUUCCAUGGCACAAGUUGUUUCUCUCUAUGUGCUUCCGAGUUCAUGAGACUUCACGAGCCGUACAAGAAUGUUUCUUCAGAUACAGAGCCUUUUCCCAUUCCUUAUCUCCCCGGAGAUAUUAAGCUAACCAAAAUGAAACUCCCCGUAUUCGUUCGGGAGAAUGUCGAGACCGAGUUCACCAAACUUUUCACCAAAGUUAAAGAGUCGGAAUCGCACUGCUACGGAGUUGUUGUGAACAGUUUUUACGAGCUGGAAGCAGAGUAUGUAGAUUGUUAUAGAGAUGUCUUGGGAAGAAAGGCGUGGCCAAUUGGUCCACUUUCAUUAUGCAACAAUUGAUACUCAAGAAAACUAAGCAGAAGGGAGAAAUCCGCCAUUGAUGAAAAUGAGUGCUUGAAAUGGCUCGAUUCCCAGAAACCCAAUUCGGUAGUGUAUGUCUGUUUUGGAAGUUUGGCCAAGUUCAACUCUGCUCAGUUGAAGGAGAUUGCAACUGGGCUGGCUUCCGGGAAAAAUUUCAUCUGGGUUGUCAGAAAGAAAGGGGAAGAAGAGGAAGAUGAAAAAGAUUGGCUAUCAGAAGGGUACGAACAGAGGAUGGAAGGAACAGGGCUGAUCAUUAGAGGAUGGGCACCGCAGGUUUUGAUAUUGGAUCAUCCUUCGGUGGGCGGUUUUGUGACACACUGCGGGUGGAAUUCGACGCUGGAAGGAGUGGCAGCCGGGGUUCCGAUGGUGACGUGGCCGGUGGGGGCGGAGCAGUUUUACAACGAGAAACUGGUGACGGAGGUGCUGAAAACCGGAGUUGGAGUCGGGGUUCAGAAAUGGGAGCCUGGUGUGGGAGAUCUCAUCGGAAGUGAAGCUGUGGAGAAAGCGAUUAGGAGAAUAAUGGAGGAAGAAGAAGGAGAAGAGAUGAGAAACAGAGCAACAGAACUUGCAAAGAAGGCGAAGAGGGCAGUUGGGAAAGACGGAUCUUCAUAUUCAAAUUUGGAUGCUUUAAUUGAAGAGUUGAAAUUGUUGGCAUUUUAGAUUCAAUUUUCAACUGGUUCUGAUGGGACUUUUCUUAUAUGGUUAUGUGAUCCACCAAAUGUUUGGUUUGCCUUUUUGAGAUUUAAAUAUGCAUGUGAUGUCAUAUCUUUCAUUA